GAGCUGGUAGGCUUUCUACAGCUUUACAAGUUACUUUUAUUCUACGCGCUCCUUCGUCUGGCUGCAAUACAUAUAGUACUCUACUUAUUUCUCGGCUCUGCCUUUCGCAGGGCAUCUUCCCGCCCAUCCAAUGACAACAUCACGAGACUUCGCUGUCCCAGCGGAGGGCGAUAAUGCAAUGCAGCCUCAGGACGACAUAGAGCAGAGCAGUCGCCAGAGCCAUUCUUCCAACACCAACGUAUCUGACGAGAAGGAUCAGCAUGUCCGCUACAACCUCACCCUCAACACACAGAACCUCUCACCGCCCAAGGCUGAGCCUAUGCGGCCAGUGCGUUCCGACACAGAGGCCCAUCGCGAAAUGACAUUUUCGCCCUCGAUAUUGCGACGCCGGAUGACUCGCGCCCCAACGUUCAAGACGGUGGAGGAUUAUGAUGAAUUCGACACUGCCUUUGGCGAUCGCCCUGGUUGGCAGCCUGGCUCCGAGCCUGGCUAUGACCCAAAACUUCCCGAUGGAGGUCAUGCUUCGAUGCCUGCACUUCAAGCACCCUGUGAGAUUUCUGUAAUCGACUUUUCGCAAGAUAAAAUGGUUAAGCGUCACUUCGAUAAUGUGAAUUUCAUCGACUUCCUUGACCAGCCAAAAGAAGAAUGGGCCAAAUGCCGAUGGAUCAACGUCAAUGGACUCAGUUGGGAUGUUAUUCAGGCGAUUGGCAACAAGAAGGGUCUUCACAAGCUUGCUCUGGAGGACAUGAUGCAGAUUAGGAACCGGACAAAGGCUGAUUGGUAUCCCAACCACGCUUUCAUCGUCAUGACCCUGCAGAAGCUUGUCCACCUGGUAGACGAUGAAGAUGACACAACUAGCACGAGCAGUACAUACUCUAGCAAGACGCUCGGCGCUUUGAGAGGCUCAGUAAGGCAGCUUUGGAAGACUCGCAGAGCGGUCGACCCCGAGAAGGACUUUGAGACCUCAUUACGGCCACAGGACCCUAUUACGGCAGACCUUCAAGAGACGGGCAUGAUAAGGACAUUGCAGCGUUAUCACGCCUCGGGAAAUGAAGCGCGCACAGAAUUUAUGGAGAGUCAUUCAUCCCUGACGCCAUAUCAAAUGGCAGUGUCGGCGGAGCAGGUCUCUAUAUUUCUAACAUCAGAUAACACGGUCAUCUCUUUCUUCGAGGUCUCGGCGGGAGAUAUCGAGCGGCCCAUUGUGACCCGUCUGAGUACCCCGGGCACUAUUCUUCGCGAGUCCAAUGACGCUUCCUUGUUAUGUCAGGGCAUUAUCGACGCCAUCAUCGACCUCGCCAUACCUUUGACGUCUAUUUACACAGACAUUAUUGCCGAUAUUGAGUUGGAUGUACUCACCUCACCGAGUAUCAGUCAAAGUAAAAAGCUGUAUAUAUGCAUCAGUGAGAUCAACAAGAUGCUGAGCUUCCUCAACCCUAUUGACAACUUGGUUAAUGUCCUGCGGGACCACAAGACGCAUAUGACCCACGACCAAGCCAUGCAGGCACUGGAGAACCCUUCAACUGGUGUUAUUGUCACUCCAAUGACCCAUACAUACCUAGGCGAUGUGCUCGAUCACUGCAUUAUGAUAACCGAAGCUUUACAGCAGCUCAAACAAUCAUCCGACAACCUCAUCAACCUGAUUUUCAACACCAUAUCAGCCCACCAGAACGAAUCGAUGAAGCAGCUUACGACUGUGACCAUCAUUUUCCUUCCUUUGACGUUCAUAACAGGAUUUUUCGGGCAGAACUUUGCGGAAGAGGGUUUCCCCGAAAUCCACCAUGGUAUUUGGUAUUUCUGGGCCUGCGCCGUUCCGACUGUUGUAGCAACCAUCUUGAUUCUCAUGAGAGAGAUGAUUUACAACUGGCUGGUGCGAGCCGUACAAAGAAGACAUAUCCUUACACUUAGGAAAAAGAAGAAGAGGUCCAAGCAGCAAAAGAUCAAGCUUAAGGUGUGACGAAUACGCUGCGGGCAGGUAAGAAUACUCAAGGCCUCAAUUCCAAACGAUAAAAAGGCUGGUGGAAAUUUGGCAUAAGCUCAGGAAGCUUUUUGACAGGCUUGUUUUUGGCGGUUUGUUAUGAGGCCCGAUAUGCUUUUCCUCUCCAAGGGCCGCUCAUGAGUUUGAAUGGUGGGAAUAUUUGCAUUAGUGAUACCCAAGUAUUGGCAAAGGAGUGGACAUGAUUUAUUUGCAAGUGGCAGCGAUUUUGAGUAUAGCAUUUAUGAAGACCUUUGCCAAGCACACCGGCCCCUUACAGAAGGGGUCAAAAACCUGAGAACAAAGCAAGCUAUAAUGAAGUUACCUAGAUAAAUCUAAAGCACCAGACAAAC